CAUCUUCGUGUCGCGCAGCCUAUCCUUCCACGCAUUUUUUAGUGCCAAACCCUGUUUCAUCAAAGAUACGAUUUGCUGUAUUUACCCAGUUGAUAACACUGCGAGAAUGGUGGCGGAAAACAAAUCCAGGCAGAUUGAUUCUUCCUUCCGGAACUUGAAGAGAAAAAGUCAAAUUGAAGAAAUGCUUUCCUCCAUGACUAUCGAAGAAAAGAUAGGGCAAAUGUCCCAGAUUGAUAUCAACAUGAUUAUCGAAGACGAUUCCGAAGGUAAUGGAAAGAAACGGCUGAACGUGGCCGCCGCAGAACUUUACCUCGGUGAACGUGGAAUCGGAUCUGUCCUCAACCUUGUAAGUGGCGCUUCCUGGACCGCGCAAGAUUUUCGUCAGGUCGCCGUGCAAUUGAAGGAAAUCAGCGACCGCUACAACCGUCCACCCGUAAUUUGGGGUCUAGAUAGUGUGCACGGGGCAAAUUACAUUCUUGGAGCAAGUAUUCCACCGCAACCCAUCAACAUGGCCGCAACCUUUAACUUAACAGUUCCCUACCAGGCUGGCAUUAUUGCGAGUCGUGAUACAAGGGCUGCCGGUAUCACGUGGUUAUUCUCGCCGCUUUUGGGUAUUGCUUUGGAGCCACGUUGGAGCCGGGUCUACGAAACCUUUGGGGAAGAUCCUACGAUGGUUGGUCUCAUGGCGGCCCAGAUGAUUGCCGGCAUUCAAAAACCGGAUUCGAAUCCUUUGGCCAUCCCUUCCAGGGCAGCCGCUUGCGCUAAACACUUUAUUGGCUAUUCCAUGCCGCGCGAUGGUCAUGAUCGUAGUCCAAGUUGGAUUCCCACUCGCCACUUGUACCAAUAUUUUGUCCCACCGUGGCAGUAUGCAAUGAAGCAAAACGCACUCACCGUGAUGGAAUCAUACACGGAAACAGACGGUGUACCCAACGUCGCAAAUCCUCAAGCGCUGAACUAUCUACUGCGUCAGCGUUUGGGUUUUGAUGGCGUUCUUGUGACCGACUAUGAGGAGAUUCGCAAUGCAAAUACAUGGCACCACAUCGCUGUGAAUGACACACAGGCAACUAUCAAGUCGUUAUUGGAUGGUAGCGUGGACAUGAGUAUGAUUCCAUGGGACGCGGAUGGAUUUCGCGAUGGAAUUUUGGCAGGAAUUCAAGGCCAUCGGUUGUUUGAAUGGCGAUUGAACCAAUCAACGGAGCGUGUCCUAAAGCUGAAGGAGACCCUGAACAUGUAUCACGAAAAUCUCGCGAUAGAAGAUCCCAAUCUUGCAAUGAUUGGUUCGGACGAACCGGCGGUCUUGGACAUGGCCCAACAAUCACUCAUUCUAGCAGAGAAUGAUGGGUUGUUGCCUUUGAGUUUAAAUACUCGGCACAAGAUUCUCGUGACUGGUCCAACGUCAAGCUCGUUGAUACAUCAGUCUGGGGGUUGGACUGGUCAGUGGCAAGGGGCUUUAUCUGACGAUUGGUUUGCCCAUGGAUCAACAGUAUUCGAUGCCUUUUCACGGGAAGAGGCCUGGGAUGUUUCCUUUAGUUGUGGUGUCAAUAUUUUGGGCGGUGAAUGCGAUGACGAAGUGAGUCGCCAGAAAACUUUUUUCAUCGAAGAGAUCGAAGAAUGGGUCGGAAGGGGACCUUCAACGUCCAUCGAGCGUGCAGUCAAAGCGGCAGCAUCGAAAGACGUUGUGCUGGUGUGCGUCGGCGAAGAAGCUUACACCGAGAAACCUGGUGACAUACGGUCUAUGGAGCUACCACAAGGACAAUAUGAACUGGUGAAAGCGCUCAAAGAGAACUCGGUUGUCAAGAUUGUACUUGUAUACUUUGGUGGACGUCCAAGGCUGCUAAGGAAAAUGGUCGAGCAGGCGGACGCAACCAUUGUGGCUUUCCUGCCUGGACCGACAGCGGGCGAAGCGCUGAAAAAUUUAGUUAGCGGGCAAAUCAAUCCUAGCGGCAAAAUGCCCAUUACGUAUCCUAAGUAUUCGGACAACGGAGGCAUCCCCUACUUCCAUUCCGUGUCGGACAAAUGCACUGAUGGGUUAGCUGCCAUGCCACAUUUCGAUUAUGUCCCUUGUGAAGUGCAGUGGUCGUUUGGGCACGGUCUGAGCUACACUAGCUUUCAGUAUUCUGAUCUAAAGUCAUCCGCUAAAGACGGUAGUGAUUUGAUCGUCUCAGUCAGAAUUAAAAACACUGGGUCAACGGGUGGGUCAGAAGCGGUCAUGCUUUUUACGUUUGACGAAAAUCGACCCACUACUCCAGAAUACAAGAGACUUCGGGCUUUUGAAAAAAUUUGGCUUGCCUCAGGAGAGGAGAGAACAGUCACACUCACAGUCUCCCCUGAGGAGCUCCACUUUAUUGGCCCCCAUAAUGACAAGCACUACAUCAGUGAUCCUGCUAUGAGGUUUUGGGUAGGCAUGGGAGCUUCAACGGAUUGUCGCUCAAAUCCCGAUUCAGAUCUCUGCUCUAUUGUUGAGCCCUCCGUCGGAGAAGAGGCCAUGUUCAAUAAUUGCUGCGAUGUGGCGUGUGACUUGUGGACGAGCAGCCAAUGUGCCGACCAAUAUGGCUUCGAUCAAGCUUCCUGCUUAGCGCUUUGUUCUUCAAUCAGUAGCUACCCGACUAGUGCUACUACCUUGGGCAAAGACGGCUGGGGCUGGAACUAUGUCGAAUGUCUUGAAUCUGUGCUGUGGGGAUUCGAGCAAGUAAAUGAAUUACCACAGUGCUGGAAGAUGACCACAUUGUGUCGUGAUGUUUUCCAAACAAAAAACUUUGACGAAUAUGGCCUUGGACCCGGAAUCACACCACAAAAGAUCCUGCCAAGGGGCGUCACCUGGAUGCCGAACGCAGUGGCCGUAAUAGCAGCUUUGAUUUCAUCCUAUAUGAUGGCUCAGGCGAUGCGUGGUGGAUUUUGUAGACGAACGGAUGAAUCCAAUGAGAGAGAUGCCAUUCAAUUUUCGAGAGUACAGACGGAACAGGACUAAUGUCAAAAGCUCAAAAUUGUGUUUCUUGGUACUCAUGGUGGCACUAUAGAGAAAAAUGUGAAAAUUUCCUUUGUUGUAUUGAAAAAAAGUCACGCAGCUUGCUCCAAACGCAUAUCAAAUAACCCACAGAAUCUGAUGACGAAGCUAUUUGGAUUUCUGUAGAAGAAAGUCACCAAUGGAUGAGAGUCCUCGAUUGACGAUGCGCAUUUUACUCGCAGUCAAUAUUAAAUACAUUGUUCAAGUAAUCUCCACAUCGUCCUUAGCAGGAUUGUGCUUAAAACGUACACUCCAUUUCAAUGUCUUAAAACAGCUGGAUGAAUGUCAGAUGCAUCUUGGAAUGAACGAAGUAAAUCAAGUUCCAUAGUCUUGACGCCACAACCGUCUGAACAAAAAACAGAGUCAAAUCUCGGCUUGUUGCCGCAGAAUUGAGCUGCGCAACAUGAGUAGGAGGGCGUGAUAUUUGCAUUUGAACCGUCGCAGGCUUCACCUUGUAGUUCUGCCUUGGCGUCUUCGUCACCGACUGCCCUAUUUUUCAAGAUUGGAGGAUCUUCAGCUGGAUCGAAAAAGUUGCGUCUCUGGUUUUCGAAACCUGCCGGGCUUUCUCUAGAUGUGUCUCUCAUGAGAAAGAGAAGCAUAUUGUGCCGGUCUGUAUAGCCUUCGGCAUCUUCAAUUGAAACAAGCAGUCGUUCUAGCUCCUUUGUU